UCCAAUUCCAUGCAAGAAAAUGCAUGCCAUAUAUUGAUUCUCAUUCCCUCAACACUGUGUCCAUUCCCAUACCAUCACCUCUCUCUCUCUCUCUCUCUCUCUCCAUUAAUGGUCCCUGAAAUGGAGAAACCUCAAGUCACAGAGAUAAAGGUCAGAAUGGAUUGCAAUGGCUGUGUGCAGAAAAUCAAGAAAGCCCUGCAGGGAAUCAACGGCAUACACGACAUCUGUGUCGAUUUUCCGGAGCAGAAGCUAACCGUUACCGGCUGGGCUGAGCCGGAAAGACUAGUGAAAGCAAUCCAAAAAACGAGAAAAAGUGCAGUGAUUUGCGUACAUACAGAGCAAUCCGAUCCACCAGAAGGUGAGGGCGCACCUGAGGAAGACGUGCCACCACCAGAAACGCCACCGGGGCCCACGAAUCCACCACAGACGGAAGCAGAGGCACCGGACGAACCGCCACCACCAACACCGCCGGAGAAUCCACCACCUGCAACAAGACAACCUCAUCAGCCUACCAGACCAAACGAUGUCGAAGGAGUUCAUGUAGUUUACCAUCAUCCGCCCGACAACGGGUACGGUGGACGGUGGAACGCGUACCAUGGGGGAACGGGGUUCAGAGACGAGCAGCAUCAGCCACCUCCACCUGCUUACGUGCAGAGCUACAACACAUAUAAACCAUCUCCACAUCUAACCGACUAUGCACAUCUCCGGCCACAACCUCCCAGAUACUCGUAUGACACGAGACCCGACCACUAUAGUGGUCCAGAAUUGAGAGGCGAGCCACCACAACCCGUUUAUGCAACACACAGCUACAACACAUACAAGCCAUCACCUUAUGUAACUGGAUAUGCAUAUCCCCGGUCACCACCAAGAUGCUCGACUUAUACCAGACCUGACAACAGCAAUGGCCCGGGAUUAAGAGGUGAGGGCGAGCAAUCUCAUCCGUCACAACCACCUCAACCUGUUUAUGCAACACACGCCCACAACAUGUACAGGCCACCACCAAACUCAACUUAUACCAGACCUGACAGCAGAAGUGGCCCGGGAUUAAGAGGCGAGGGCGAGCAAUCUCAACUGUCUCAACCACCUCAACCUGUUUAUGCAACACAAGGCCACAACAUAUACAGGCCACCACCAAACUCAACUUAUACCAGACCUGACAACUGCAGUAGCCCAGGAUUAAGAGGCGAGCAUGAGCAAUCUCAGCUGUCUCAACCACCUCAACCUGCUUAUGCAACACAUGGUCACAACAUAUACAGGCCACCACCAAGCUACUCGACUUAUACCAGACCUGACAACAGCAGUGGCCCGAGAUUAAGAUGUGAGGGUGAGCAAUCUCAGCCGUCUCAACUACCUCAACCUGUUUACGCAACACAUGGCCACAACAUAUACAGGCCAUCUCCAUAUGUUACUGAAUAUGCAUAUCCUGAGUCACCGCCUAGAUACUCUUCUUACAGCAUGCCCGACAACUAUAACCGGGAUUACUACAGUGGGAGCCAUGGAAAUGGGAAUUUAACAUCAAUGUUCAGCGAGGAAAACCCUAAUGCAUGCAGAAUAGUGUAAUAGCUCAAAAACAAGAAAACACCAGAAUUUUCUUAUAGAUAAACUGCUACAUUUUGAGCAAAUAUGUUCCGAGCUUGUAUGAGUAAAAAACAUUUAUCCUUCCAUGUUUUAGUCUUUAUAUUUUCAAACAUUUAAGUAAUAAACAAGCAAAUUCUCAUUCCAA